AUGCAGUGGAACGAGACGUGCGCCGAGAGCAAAAACGUCGCCAUCGCGCCGACCGUCGGGAGGCUCUCGCGCAUGCUCUCGAACGGGUUCGGCUUCGCGAGCAGCUCGUCGUCCGCCUUCUCCAUCGCCGAGAUCGCCGCCUCGGAGCGCCAGGUACUGCUCGUUGUUCUCGUGCGGCUCGCCGAGCAUCUCGAGGAUCAUGUCCGGGUACACCGCGAGGUGACCGAGCACGAAAAUCGGCGUGUUGCAGUCCACGCCCUCCGGCUUCGUGCCCGCCUUCGCGGGGUCGACACCGUUGAGCAGGCCGUCGGCGAGGCCGACCAUCAUGCGGCAGCCGGGGGCGGUCAUGGAUCCAUACGAAGAGGCGAUCGCAUCCACUCCGUUCUGACGCUCGCGAAGCGGGCCCGGGUACGCCGGACCCUCAGAUUUUUUCUGACGACAUCCGGUCGCCUGCUCGCCCUCGCCUCCGCCCUCGCCGUCGCCCUCGUGCUCGUGGACGUCCUCAUCGGCCUCCCCGUCCCGUGGUGGGCGGCCCUCUCGGGCGCCCUGGCCAUCGCCCUCGCCGCCUCCGCCGCGCUCGCCCUGGGCCGCCCGGGCACCCUCCUGGACGCCGCCCGUGAGGUGGACACCGCCCUGGGGCUCAAAGACCGCCUCUCCAGCGCGCUGGACCUCGCCUCACGCGACGGCACGGACGCAUUCGUCGACCUCGCCACCGUCGAAGGCGAGCACGCCGCGAAGCAGGUGAGGCUCCGCGACGCCAUCGCCAUCCGCCUCGGCAACACCUGGGCCGCGUGGCCCGCGCUCGCCGCCGUCGCCAUCGCGCUGGGACUCUUCGCCCCGCGCUACGACCUCCUCGGCAGCCGCGCCACGCAGGAGGUCGCCUUCGAGCGCGAAUCCGCGCAGGAACGCGCGGCCGAGCAGCUCAACGAGGCCCGCGAAGAACUGGCGCGCGAGCUCGAAGCGGAAGACCCCCAGCUCGCCGAGGACCCCCUCGCGAACGAGGCCCUCCAGACCCUCGACCGCAUCGCGCAGGAACUCGAAGCCGGGAGCGAAGACGCGGACGCCGCACGCGAGAAGGCCUCCGGCGCGCUGAACGAGUCCGCCCGACAGUUCGAGGAACGCGCCGAACGCGCCGAGAUGAAGAAACGCGCGACGGACGAGAUCCUCUCCGAACUCGCGCCGUCGUCCGACAGCGCCCAAGGCGCCGAGGGCGGCGAAGCCGGCGAGACCGAACCCUUCGACCCCGUCGACGCCCUCCGCGAGGACCUCUCGCAGAACGACAUGGAAGAAGCCGCGCGCACGCUCGAGGAGAUCCGCCAGCAGGUCGAGCAGCUCACCCCCGAGGAACGCGAGCAGCUCCGCCGGGACAUGGAAGCGCUCGCGAAGGAGCUCAUGGAGGCCGCGGAGCGCGCCGAGCAGGACGUCGAGGCCGACCGCGAGCAAGAGCGCUCCGAGCUGGGCGACUGGGGCGUGCAGGAAGACGACGCGCAGGACCUCCAAGGCGAGCCGACCGAAGAGGAGAUCCGCCAGAAGCUCGAGGACAUGGGCUUCGACGAGGACGUCGCCCGCCGCUCCGCCAAGCGCAUCGCCGAGCGCGAGAAAGAACGGCGCGCCCGCGAGGAGGCCGCCAAAGAGACGAAGGAACUCGGCGAGGAACUCGAGAACGCCGCGGACGAGAUCACCCGCGACCCGCAGGAACAGCAGCCCCCGUCCGAGCGCGAGGGCGAGGGCGACAAGCCCUCCGAGACGCGCGACCCGGGCCAGAAGAACGACGGCGCGACGCAGGACGAUCCCUCCCCCGAAUCCCAGACCGAGGGCGGCGAGGAACGCGACCCGCAGGGCGAGAACCAAUCCGAGCAGCAGCAAGAGCAGACCGGUCGGGAGCCAGGCGAGAAGCCCGACGGCCAGGAACGCCAGGAGGGCGAGUCCGAAAAGCAGAACACCGAAGGCAAGCAACGCCAGGGCGCCGAGACGCCCGAGGGCACGGAGGGCCAGAAGUCCACGAGCAAGGGCGGCCAGGAACGCGGCGAGGCGUCCGACCAGUCGCAGUCCAACAACCAGGACACCGCCCAGCAGGGCGAGCAGCGCGGUUCAGGCGAGGCGCAGGAGCAGGGCGAGCAGCGCACCGGCGCCCAGGAGGGCGGCGAGCAGAACACCCAGCAGCCGAGCGGCGCCCCGGGAUCACCCGACGGACGCGGCCAGGGCGGCGGCGCCCAGGACGAGACCGGCGGCGGGCAGGGCGGGCUCGAGGAACUCAAGGAACGCCUCGAGAAGAUGAGCGAGUCCGCGAAGGACGCCGACCGCCUCCGGGGCAACGCCGAAAAAAUGCGCGGCCAGGCGAAGAAGAUGCUCGAGGAGAUGACCCCCGAGCAGCGCGAGCGCCUCGCGCGCUGGAUGCAGGAGAUGCAACGCCAGGACAACGGCCCGAUGGAUUUCGACACCGACACCCUCGACGCCCGCCAGAAGGGCGAGAGCGACCGCGUCGCCGGCGAGACCUUCAACCCCAACUGGGAAGCCGACCGCACCGCCGACGGCGCCGUCUCCGAACGCUCCCUCGCCGACCAGCUCCGCGAGGCCGCCCGCGGCAACGAACGCGCCAUCGAAGAACGCAGUGUGCCCGCGAAGUACCGCAACGUGGAGGAAUACUUCCGCCGAGCGAUCGAACGCGCGGAGCAGGAGAAGCAAGCCAAGCCCGCGCCCGCCGCGCCUCCGGAGUAG